AUGGGGCCCCCGGGCAAUAGGGGAUCAUGGGGCCCCUGUGUCCUUGCCCAAACUCAAAAAAGCCUAUGAAAAAGGUACCAGGGGCCUCUCAUGGGGCCCCCUUCUGAUCCCGGGCCCUCGGGCAGUGCCCGAGUUUCCAAAUGGUCAGUCUGCCCCUGCUUCAUACUCAGUACCGGGACAGGUGUCACUUGUACCCUUCCAUUCCUAGACUUUUGUCUAGUAUGCUUGCAUUUCAGUUGUUUUAUGUUGUAUAUUGUUCAUUAUCUAUUUAGGUGGAUG